ACCAACAUGCGCAAUGAGUGGAGCGGGCGGGAGUGUGGAAGUUGAGUCUCGUUGGUCCUUGGCUGAAACUCACUUCCAGUCGAUUGCUUUUCUGUUUCUGCUUGACAGUCGCUUGGGGUUAGCAGUAAACUGAGAGUUCACGCUCUUUGUGCAGCCUUAAUCAGCGCUGCAAGUAAUUAUAAUAUAUAUACACACACACACAGAUCAUUAUUUGUUCUUCUCUCUACGCUGCGGCGUUUCCCAGAAGCUUUUGCCCGGACCAAGAAGGAGGGAGUUAUUUCUGGAGCUUUUUAAGCAACUCGUCAGGUUUGCAGAUGGCAGACUGUGUGAGUAAGGUUGAACUAAGCAUCUCCUGUGAAAACCUACUGGAUAAAGAUGUUUUCUCUAAAUCUGAUCCACUCUGUGCACUCCUUCUAAAUACUGGUGGAAAUCAAUGGGUUGAGAUUGGUCGCACAGAAAUGGUUAAGAACUGCCUUGAUCCAAAAUUUUCGAAGAAAUUUCUGCUAGAUUAUUACUUUGAACAAGUCCAGAAGCUGAAAUUUGGAGUCUAUGAUAUUGAUAAUGAAACAUUUGAUCUGGGUGAUGAUGACUUCCUCGGAGAAAUUGAAUGUACUCUGGGCCAGAUUGUUUCCGGCAAGAAAUUGACCAGAUCCCUCGUGUUGCAAAAUGGAAAGCCGGCAGGGAAAGGAACAAUCACGAUUUUUGCAGAAGAAGUAAAUGAUAAUCGAGUGGUUAACUUUGAAGUUCAAGCUCGCAAGCUAGAUAAAAAGGAUUUUUGGGGAAAAUCUGAUCCUUAUCUGGAAUUUUGUAAGCAGUCUCCUGAUGGAAAAUGGCAAAUGGUACAUAGGACUGAGGUUGUGAAAAGAAAUUUAAAUCCCACUUGGAAACCGUAUAAAAUUCCCUUGCAGACACUUUGUAACAGUGAUCUGAGGAAGCCAAUCAAGGUAACCUGCUACGACUAUGACAACGACGGAUCACACGAUCUGAUCGGGACGUUCGAGACCAAUAUGGAGACGUUGCAAGUAGCAUCACAUAUCUCACCAGCUGAAUUUGAGUGUAUUAAUCCAAAGAAAAAACAGAAAAAGAGAAGUUACAAAAACUCUGGAAUAGUGAGCUUCAAACUGUGUCAGAUUGUGAAAGAAUAUUCUUUUCUGGAUUAUAUCAUGGGUGGCUGUCAGAUGAACUUCAUUGUCGGCAUUGAUUUCACAGGCUCUAACGGAGACCCUCGUAAACCUGACUCCCUACAUUACAUUAAUCCUAAUGGAUUUAAUGAAUACCUGAUGGCAAUCUGGUCUGUUGGAAUGAUCAUUCAAGACUAUGAUACAGACAAAUUGUUCCCAGCAUUUGGAUUUGGUGCAAAGAUACCUCCUAACUGGCAGGUAUCACAUGAAUUUCCGCUCAAUUUUAACCCGACAAAUCCGUUCUGUGCAGGAGUGCAAGGGAUUGUUGAAGCCUACCAAAACUGCCUGCCUCGGGUGAAGUUGCAUGGACCAACAAACUUCUCUCCCAUAAUAAACCAUGUGGCAAGGUUUGCAGCUGCAGCAGCCCAGCAGCCAACAGCAUCACAAUACUUCAUCCUGCUGAUCAUCACAGACGGCGUGAUAACAGAUCUCGAUGAUACACGACAGGCCAUUGUUAAUGCUGCCAAGUUGCCAAUGUCCAUCAUCAUUGUUGGAGUUGGUGGAGCAGAUUUCAGUGCCAUGGAGUUUCUAGACGGCGAUGAAUGUGUCCUGAAGUCACCAACAGGAGAAACCGCCAUCCGAGAUAUUGUCCAGUUUGUGCCUUUCAGAAAGUUCCAUAAUGCCACAAAAGAAGCUCUUGCGCAAAGUGUCCUGGCCGAGCUGCCUCAGCAAGUGGUGUGCUACUUCAAUUCACGCAAGCUCCGUCCUCCAAAUGAGCCCGACCCUGAAGCCCUCUAAAUCCAUCGCUAAAUGUUUAUAAUACAUGUUGCCACAAAAGAUAGUUUCCUCUAAAGUAACAUCGGAAAGGCAUGUGUUAACAUUCAAUGUAUUUAUGUUACAUCUGUCUGUAUUUUUUCAAAGUUUCAGAAUUAUUUAAAAUUUAAAAUAGUUUGUUGCAUUAUAAAUAUUUUAUAUGCGAGUUUAAAAAGUGACUUUUUUUAACGAAUGGAUGAAGUCAAAUCAUUGUAUCAUAAUCAUCAUUUACUAUCUGUAAAAUUGUUCAUUUGCCACGGAUACCAUUUUUAGAAAUGCUUAAAGAAGCAAUCUUUUGUUAAUCUCUUAAUAUAUUCUACAGUUUUUAUACUGUUAUAAUUCAGCUUUUGAAUUUUAGGAUUAUAUGCCUGUAUCUGGCACCAAUGUAAACAAUUUUAAUUGCUUAAUUAUGGAUUUGUGAAUGAUUUACAUAUCUAACAGUGCAUGAGUAUAUUGUACUGAGUGUAACUUAGGAAAUAAUAAUUUGAGUUUUAACAUUUUAAAAACUUAGUGAUUAUACUGUAGGCUAUAUUAUCCAAUCCAAGAUGUUCUAUGUAUAAUGCAAUUUUUAAACAGUGAUUAUGUACUAAUUAGAAGAUUUUAGCUUUGGCCAUAUUGAUUGCCUUUAUGCAAUAUUUAUUUUUCCUAAUUUUAUCAUUUAGGUUUUGUCUGUGAUAUCAAAGUAAAUGCUGGAUAACUACUGAAUUUCAAAGAAACUAUCAAACAGAUUUUUUAAAAAGCGUAAUGAUACGUGACGAUCGAGCCUGCUCAUUAAUAGCACAGCAAUAGAGGGUCAAUAAUGUCCCAGAACCCAGAAUAUUAACAGUUUUAAGAGUGGGAAUUUGAAAAAGACUGGGAGACUCAAGGAUGUUUUGAAUUCUGAGGUUUUUUUUCUAGCCCUGGUGGCAGAGUGAAAGUCCACCUAACGCGAUAAUAUUUUACUGUUAUACUGGUGAUAUCAUAGAGUCUUCAAUAAAGUGGCGGCACGGUGGCGCAGCGCUAGAGUUGCUGCUUUACGGCGCCAGAGACCCGGGUCCGAUCCCGACCACGGGUGUUGUCUGUACGGGGUUUGUACAUUCUCC